ACUCUCUGAGACCGGCAGACAUUAAGCUCGUGGCUGCCAUCGGCAACCCAGAAACUCCUCCAGCCCCGAGCUCUGGCAUGGUCAACAUGGGGAACCCUCAAAGCAUGGAGAGCAAACCACAGAAUGUGUGCAUGGGAAUCAUGACAGCCCUUUCAGAUAUCAUCAGGCAUUUCAACCCUUCUGUCCUGAUGCCCGUGUGUUCUCCGGGGAAGGGCACUGCAGCCCACACUACUGCCGAAGACUUGUGGAUUCAGGCUAAAGAGCUGGUGAGGCAACUGAAGGACACCCCGCAACUUGACUUUGAGAAGGAUUGGAAACUCAUCACUGUGUUCUUCAGUAACACAAGCCAGUGCCACCUGUGUCCCUCUACUCAGCAGAAAAGGCUCUUGGCGAGGCACAUGGAGAUGCUGUGGGGGGUGCUGGAUUACCUGCAUCGUGGGGUCCCCAGAACAUUUGUGAAUUUGGUGGAUCUCUCUGAGGUUUUGGCCAUGGCUCUUCAGCAUCAAGAGACUGGCUUCAGCCCAGCACCAGAGGUUUGCAAAUGCUCAGAGGGGACAACGACAUUAUCCAAGGCUGUCAUGCAGUGGUCCUAUCAGAAAGCCUGGGAGGAUCUCCUGGCCUCCAGCAAGUUCAACAAGCGUGAGUCCUUCGCUGUAGUUUUCCAGCCAUUCUUCUCUGAGAUAGAACCACCCUUGGGAAAGUCCUCACCCCAGGAUCCCACCACACUCGCCCUCAAGAUCUGGAAUAGCAUGAUGGAACCAGUGGGUCGAAAGGAUGAGUCACUCAGUUCCGCAGAGAGAAAGACAAUGAAAUGUCCCUCUCAGGAGAGCCCCUAUCUGUUCACCUACAAAAAUAGCAACUACCAGGCCAGUCAUCUGAAGCUGAAACCCAUAACAAGGGCUCAGUUAAAAGAAGGAUCAGAAUUCAGCUGUCCUGACAAGAGCCCCUCAGACUCGGUCCCCACAACAGUUCACAGGCUGAGGCCAGCUGAUAUCAAGGUCAUUGGAGCAAUGGGUGACUCGCUCACGGCAGGCAACGGGGCUGGAUCCCUCCCUCAGGCCAUCUUCGAUGUCUUAACUGAAUACCGAGGCCUGUCCUGGAGUGUGGGCGGAAAUGAGGACAUCAAAACCGUGACCACCCUACCCAACAUCCUCCGGGAAUUCAACCCUUCCUUGAAGGGCUUCUCUGUCGGCACUGGGAAAGAAACCUCUGCCGGAGCGUUCUUCAACCAGGCCGUAGCAGGAGCCAAAUCUGAUGGCUUAGUUGCCCAGGCCAACAAGCUGGUGAGCCUGAUGAAGGCAGACAAGACAAUAAACUUUCAGGAAGACUGGAAGAUAAUCACUGUGUUUAUAGGAGGCAAUGAUCUUUGUGCUUCCUGCCAAGAUACGGCUAGGUUUUCUCCCCAAAAUUUCGUAGACAACAUCAAGAACGCCCUGGACAUCCUUCAUGCAGAGGUUCCCCGGGCCUUCGUGAACAUGGUAAAGGUGCUUGAGAUCAUCCCCUUGAGAGAACUGUACACGGACAGUACGGUCAGCUGCCCACGGUUCAUCCUCAGGCAACUGUGUCCUUGUGUCCUGACCGCUGAUGAUAACUCAGCAGAACUCGCCAGCAUUAUUGAAAGGAACAGGCAGUACCAGAAAGAAACUGAAAAACUGAUUGAGAGCGGACGCUAUGACACCAAGAAUGAUUUCACUGUGGUUCUCCAGCCCUUCUUUGAAAAUAUGACCAUGCCACGGACCCCGGACGGCAAGCCCGACACAUCUUUCUUUGCCCCUGACUGUUUCCACUUUCAUGCCAAGACUCACGGCCGCUCAGCCGUUGCCCUCUGGAAGAACAUGCUGGAACGUGUGGGCCACAAGACAAGAUAUCAGAAUUUUGAAAUCAAGGCCCCUAUCAUGUGUCCGAACCAGGCCUCGCCAUUUCUGAGCACCACCAAGAACAGCAACCUGGGUUAUGGAACCUGGAUGUUUUGUGAGGAGAAAGCCCCCUCUGCCACACCACCAACCUCAGUGCAUGCCCUGAGACCUGCAGACAUCCAAGUUGUGGCAGCUCUGGGAGACUCUCUGACUGCUGGCAAUGGAAUCGGCUCCCAAGAAGGUAACCUCAACGACGUCUCCACACAGUAUCGAGGACUGUCCUUUAGUGCUGGUGGGGACAAGUCCCUAGAGACCGUGACCACCUUGCCCAAUAUCCUACGGGAAUUUAAUAGAAAUCUUACAGGCUACUCAGUAGGAACCGGUGAUGCAAGUUCUACAAGCGCGUUCCUUAACCAGGCCGUCCCUGGGGCGAAGGCUGAGAACCUGGCAAGCCAAGUCAAGACUCUGAUUCAGAAGAUGAAGAAUGACAGCAGAGUGAACUUCCACCGAGACUGGAAGGUCAUCACGGUGAUGAUCGGGGCCACUGACUUGUGUGACUUCUGCAAGGAUUCGAACCGUUACUCUGCAGCCAAUUUUUUUGACCAUCUCCGCAACGCCUUGGACAUCCUGCAUAAGGAGGUACCCAGAGCCCUGGUCAACCUCGUGGACUUCGUGAACCCCAGUAUCAUUUGGGAAGUGUUCCAGAAGAACCCAGCCAAGUGCCCGGUGAAUCAGGCCAGGUAG